AUGGAACAACACAGUCCAAUUCAACGUGCGAUCGCAACGGCGAACGGUUCUGUCGUUGAGAGUUUUUCAAUUUGGGGACUACCGGGCAAGUUUCGAGUUGAGAAGUCAUUCAACUUUUUUCGCCGCUCACAGAAUUUUCCCGCGCAACUUCUUUUUUCAUAUCCUCCAAAAAACACACUCAACGACAAAAUUGGGGAGUUCAUUGUUCCUCGUGGCGUUAUAGUUCGCCCCGUCGAGAAUUUCAACGCCCUUUUGAAUAGCCCCGUCGGCAUUCACAUCACGUUCAUUCCAAAUGAAGAGUCCCCUGUUUUUUGUGUCUGUUUCACUCGGUUUGAACUCUUACAAUACCCUUCCGAUUUAAUUCAAGAGACUUCAAUGACAUCCAUAUACUCAACACAACAGUUAGAGACCGUACGAGUCUACUGUAUAACAACCCGAUCACCAGACAUAUCACUCUUGACACCGAUUAUUCAAGAUCUGUUCAUGACUGAUUUCUGCUUUAAGGAGCAGUGGAUCAAGCAGUUCUAUUUGAAGACUAUACCUUUAAUCCCCCAAUUCAAAUACCAAAGCACAGCAACACGCCUCUAUCCACUCUUGGAUAGUUUAAAGAACUUACACACAGACCAACCAACACUCGACUUACUCUCAAAACACGCGAUCAUCAGAUUAUUCUCCGUCACUAAGAUCGCAGGGAUCUUAGCUAUGGUGUCUUCACUCCUUCUGAAUAUAUCCGUCUUCUUAAUCGGUCGAAAUAUCCCUCUGGUCACUGACUGCGCUUUAUCGCUAAUUCCACUCUUGGGGCCGUUCGAGUGGGAAGGCGUCAUCAUCCCUUAUAUCCCAUCACACCUCUACGAGUUCCUCGAAUCCCCAUUACCGUCGAUCUUUGGAACGGAAAUGCCGACAGAACCAGUCAACAUCUCCGCAUUUGUAGCACCCGUCGAGCCACUGGGACUAAUGGAUAAUAUAGAUAAGAUCUUCUUAAAUAACGAGAAAACUCCUCUUCCUAUCCCAUACUUCGAGGAUGUAUUUAUGGAACUCAAAAAUCUGUGCGAUCGGGAGAUUGUGGAGAUUCUCAGAAUGAGCAGUUACGAGGAACGAAUGGUCGCCAUCAAUAAAUCGGGAAAGGGUGAGAAGUUCGGAAUGGAAGUCAUGAAAAUUAUGAAGGAAAGAUUCUACGACAAAAUCAUUGGAAAAAUCACACUGUUUUGUAAAAUCAACGGACCACUCACUUUUAAGGAAUUCCAAGAAAAGUUCCCAAAUACGAUCCCAAGCGGAUCACUGAGAACUUGGUAUAGUGAGUUCGUCAUGUCACAACACUUCUCCUCUUGGUGGAUUCGAAAUAAAAUGUCUAAUUUACAGAAGUCUAGUUAA